ACAAUGAUAGGUUGCAGACCAUGAUAGAAAACUUAUUCCAGGCGUGGGGCCUGCGGUGAGUUUACGUUUUCAAGCCUUCCUCCUGCGGUUAGCUGACAUGGGACGGGUUAAAACUCCGUAAAGGAAUCAAUCUCAUUCAUGGCCAUACAGGUUGGAGGUUGAUAAGGGAAUCCCAUCGGGUUAGCUGGCGGAAAACGGCCCGCAGAGUGGAGGGGUCGCAUUCUAAUGUAGUUAUCCUGCUACAGUAAAAAACUCAAAACUCACACUUUCUCCCAGUGAAUUCGCCCAUUAUGGAUUUGGUGUCUGCAUCCUGAGAUGAUGUACAUACGAUGCCUUUGCCCUUCUUGCCAAUCUUGCCCAAAUUGCCAAUCUUGCCCAUUUUGCCCUUUGUUUUUUCACUCUAAUAUACUUUGGCAGUCAUUUGUUGAGCACCCAUGAGAGGGAGAUGAACGACAUAAAACGCUAGGUAGCUAAGCCGUGGAGGGCAAAGGAAGAGAGGGAGAGAGGAAUUGGAAUUGGGAUUGGGAUUGGGAUUAUCAUUAUUAAACUUUUUAAAGUAGGUAGCGGGAUGGGCAAGCUUGAUUCCAUGGAGAGCAAGCCUCCACAGAGAGCAGCAGUGGUGGGAGGAGGAGGAGGAGGGGGGAGUAAUGUUGUUGUUGUUGUUAAUGGUAAUAAUAAUAAUAACAACGGCAGUGGGGAGUUAACAACACCGUUGUCAAAGACAGCCCCGGAACGGAUCAAGCGGGACGAGUGGAGUGAAGGCGCGGUUGCGACGCUGCUGGACGCAUACGAGUCGAAAUGGCUGCUCAGGAACCGGGCCAAGCUCAAGGGCAACGACUGGGAGGAUGUUGCUCGCCAGGUCUCCACCAGGGCCGAGGGGGCAAAGUCUGCCAAGACGCAGACCCAGUGCAAGAACAAAAUCGAGAGUAUGAAGAAACGGUACCGAUCAGAAUCCACCUCUGCCAAUGCCAACAACUCCUCCUGGCCACUCUACGCGCGGAUGGACAGUUUGCUGCGCUGCCGACCUCCUAUGGCGUCCCCUAUCCCAAUCCAGACUCAAACCCCAACACCAACCCCAACCCCAAUUCCGCUCACCAUCUGCGCUCCGACUCAGGAUUUGCCCUUGCAGGAGCCGGGUCCUGUACUACCGCCGCAGCCUCCGCCUCUGCUGGGGAAUGGCCAGCAUCGGGUCGCGGAGGAGGAGGCGGAAGAAGAAGCAGAGCAGGCGCGGGAGGAGGAAGUUGGGUGUGGCGGCGGCGGUGGCGGUGGCGGAUUUGGGGAGGGUAGUAAUCAGGAGGACGGGUCGAAUACUCUGCCCAACCGCAAGGAGAGCGCUGCGUUGGAUACUGAUACCAGCACGCCUCGCAGUAAGAUCGCCAACGCUGCUGAUGACCAUGUCGCUAAGGAGAUCGGUGCUAAUUGCAAUUUCUCCUGUAAGCGCCGCAAGACCUCGCCCCCUGGCAGCGGCGGCGGUGGUGAAUUGGCAGAGAGUAUCCGGUCCUUCGCGGACACAAUUGUGAAGCUGGAGCAUGCGAAGAUGAGGAUGUACAAGGACUCCGAGCGCCUCCGAGCGGAGACGGAGGUCCGCCGCGGCGAAUUGGAGCUGAAGCGCACGGAGAUGAUUGCCAAGACGCAGCUGCAAAUCGCGAGGCUCCUGUCUGGUAAAAAUGGUCGAGGAGCUGACUGUUCACCUAAGCAAGCACUUGUUGCGAGCAAAGUUGAAAUUUUAUCAACAACACUUGGGUUCUUGUACCAGUGUUGAAUGUACAGAAUGCAUAAUGUUCAUCAUGGACACAUUCACCUUUUUCCUAGUCCUAAGAAAAAUACAUCAAGCCCCGUUUCAUCAAGUUUAUUCUUAAGAUGAACCAAAAAAUCUCUCAUAUAAGUUGAUUGCAACAUCAAGGCCGAUGGCAUAUUUGAGGUGAAGUUGUUACAGACACACAAAGAGUGAGUUUGCCUCCAGUUGCCAAAACUUGCAGUCACUGUUGUAUAUUAGUAUUUAAUUGUCAGGCUGUGCCGGGUUUUACCUCUGUUGCUGUGAAUUCAUUAUAUAAUAUGUAGUGAAUUCCAGUUAUAAAGUAAGAGCAUAUGUAGAGAAUGACAUUUUACUACUAGUAGCUUCUGUUGUAGAAAAUGACCGUACCAAGCAGAUGCGACGAAUUUCAUUGAAGUGACUUCAAUUGAAUUUGUUAGCGUUGUAAUGAAUAUCCUAUAUAAGUUUCCAUAGAAAUAUAUAUAUAUUGUGUGCAGUUGCAUCAUAUCCACUGCAGCUUAAACUA